GCUGACUACGACGCCCUGCAUCUUCCAUCUCACACGCCAGCCACUCUCAGACAUGUUUGCGCCUUGUCUUCCUCUUCAUAUCAUUGUCGUUUCCCACGCUCAAUAGCAAGAUUUCCUUUUCUCUCCUAAAGAUCAAUAGCCGCUCGACUUCAGGGUUCGACGCGGCGCCAACCCCUCGCUCCACUCGCCUGCAGGGUCCAGCACGCAUUCAGCGGGGAACAAAGAUACCGAGAUCGGCCAGCUUCUCACCGACUCCUUGAGAUAGGACUGAUAUAGUCAAGAGGUGCUCUUGAUCUCUCUGUCAUCUUCAACCUUUUUCUUUCUAUACGGGACUGAAACAAUCUCACUUACUGAGCACUCCUCACCGAGCCACACGAGCACCUGCCCGUCAUGUCUCCAAACAACGCCCCACCACCUCGUCACAACGAUCAGACUCAACAAGAACCCGUGCGGCCUACUGUCCAGGCUGUGAGAUCUCUGCGAGCGUCAUUACCACCUGGUGCUCGUCACAGGUCAGAAGACUCGUGGAUUGAAGUCUCGUCGCAACCAUCCUCCUCCUCACUGUCGUCGGUCGCGCCCGACGAUAUCAUUACGGAAGGCCUGCGUGUGCAACAUGAUAACAAUAUUCGUCGACGAAGGCGCCUUCGUACCACCGGGUCGCUACAGCUAGGAGAUCGAAUGUACAACAACAGUACAGGGGCGAGUAGUCAGGAGGAGUAUGAGGAGAGUGAGAGCGAGUCGGACCGUAUUAUGAUGUCGUCGAAUGAGGGUAUUCGCGCAUCCUUAUUGCGAAACGAGUUGCACCAUAUCGAGCAGCACGAUGCCUCGACAGCCUCAUCGGAAGAUUUGUCCGCGGCUGAAUACGAUGAUGACGAAAACUCGACCGCUGUCAACUAUCCUCGAGGAAGCACGUUGUCUUUCAGACCUCAACCAAACGCCUUCACCCACCCUCCAACAGUGCAACGACCUAGAGCCAUGCGGUCCGGUAGCUACACUUCAGGAAGACCACAUAUAAGAUCUACAACCCAGAGACACUCCUACGCCGGGCAACGGCAUUCACCUUAUAACGUCAUCUCCCCUUCGCAUCAAGCAGACCACGAUGCAGUACUACGCGCCAGUCUUUCCACCCUCCUCUCCUUGGGCGCCGCCGCACGAGGCCUCCCAAAAUCUACUCCACAGACCAACAACACUGCUUCUGCAGCGCCAUCAUCACGUAUAGAACCGACAUCUAUACGUAUGGUCCCUGAGUCUGUUGCCCUAGGUGGUAACAUGACUCCGAGCGAAAGGAACUCCACCGACUCCUCACAGCCUGGGAAUCCCUCCUCUGGGAACUCUCCGAUCGUGUUUGAUGGCAAACGCAAAUCAUCCCCAGCUCCUCGGAGCAGCAGUAAAGAGCGUCGGACGGCCAAGAAAGUUAAGCGGACGUCUAGUAUGGAGGAUAUUAGUCCGACGCUGCUCACUUGGGUCAUGAGUGCCGGUGUUAUGGUGCUUUUCAGUGCCAUAAGCUUCUCGGCAGGCUACAUGGUCGGCAAAGAAGCUGGCAGGACAGAAGCCUUUGGUACCGCUGCGGGUGAUCUCCGGCCCUGUGGCAGAGAGGCGUCCUCUGGGUUCAGGAGGCUGAAGUGGAGUGGUGUUGCGAAUGCAGCUACCGGCGUUCGGGUCUGAAGAUCAUCCUGUACACCGACAGUCCCCUUCAUUGCCAGUGUUUGGACUUUGCCGCCGGGUUCCGGAGAGUAUAGCAUGUCCUCAAUCACACGAGCAGUUAUAGCUGUUCUAAUACCCAGAGCCCACGCGUGUAUCCCCCUGGGCACGCUCGAACUGCCAUGAAUCAUGAUGAUAUGACUCAUGACACGGAUGACACCAAGGACGAGAAAUGACACAAGGAAGAGACGAAUUUUCCACGCACACACACACAAGGUUCAUAAUUUGCAUGCAUAUUUUGGUGGCGUCGCUCUUUGGAUCUAUACCGGUAUUAUGAUACCACAUGGGCUUCUGCAUAAUUCUGUAGAGCUGCAUUGCUUCUCCCUUUUGUCGGCCUUUUUUUUAUGUGGCGUCGAGCAGGCGUUUGUGGGUUUAUUCUGGAAAGGAACGAACAAAACUUAUAUAUUAAUACCAACCUAGCGAAACCUGAGAACUUGAAUGAUAUCUUAUAUUGUUUGCCGGUC